AUUUUUAACAUGUUUUUCAGCAUGUCAGCCAUUUACAAUUACCUCCAAAUUAAAUUAGAAACUCCCAGGAGGAGACGCUCACCGCCAGAGUCCCAAACUGGACAAAAAGGAGAAGAGUGAGGAAAAGCUCAGGUGAUCCGAAGACAGAAACACUGGACAGAAGACAGAAACCUUUCAUCAGAUUAAUGAGAAUAUAAAAAGAAGUGAGCAAAAGUAGACUAGAAAUCAAAUUAGGGAAUGAGCAGCAGGUCGCUUCAGAUCAAGCUGUUAUAGUUGUAGCAUCCAGGGAAGAGGUUCCUUCAGCUGCUGUUGGAGAACCGAGCAGAGGGACUUUAAGGAAGCAUCAUGACUCGUUUACAUCUCCUAAUUGGACUCCUGAGUUGUCUUCACCUGGCAGGCUGUUUACAGUGUUACACCUGUGUGUUUCCUGCCAUUUCUCCCAUGGACUGCCUGAAGUUUCCUCUGGAGUGUCCUGCAGGCCAGCGCUGCCUGUCCAGUGUGGCGACAGGAAGACGAGGCGCCGUUCAGCUGACGAUAUAUGAGAAGAGUUGUGCCGUCCCGACGCAGUGCGGCUUGGCCGGACAGAAGUACACCUCGGGGGUGUACUUUAACUACAGCAACGACUGCUGUGACACGGAUCUUUGCAACGCGGCCGGGUCUGUUGGAGCCCUCGGCCUGAGAGGAGCGCUGCUCUGCCUGCUGCCUGCACUCGGCCUCCUGCAGGUCUGAACAGAACCAUCAGAACCACGGACCGCCUCUGCCUCCAAAUGCCUCUUUAGGAAAGAAUGACUGAGAUGUCAAAGGAAAAUUAAGUUUUAGCUCAUUCCAAGUUGCACCAUCAGUAAUAUUUGUUAUCCAGCAGCUCCUCUAGAAGAUAAAGUGGAAUAAAAGUGGAAAACAUUUCUAUUGAAAAAUGUUUAUCUAGAAAGAGUGGUAGAAAUAAUUAAAUGUAACUUUUCCUGACCUUUACCUUAAAAUUUGUGUUCUUUCUGAACUCUUUAAGUCAAAAUUAUGAACUGAGGAGCAUAAAUUAUAAUUCAUAUUCUCCAAAUCAAAAUAUCAGGGCUAUAAGAAGAAAUAAAAAAUAAAUUAACUAGAAUAAGGUCACACCAGAAUAAUGACUUUAUUCUUGGCGUAGUCCUAAUUCUCCGUCAUAUCAUGGUUAAUAAAUCCGUAAUAUAAAUUGUGACAGCUAGCUAAGCAAAGUUGGUGGAAUCAACUGACUCGCUCUUUGGUUGCCUAGCAACUCGCUCACAAUUCUUUGGUUACCUAGCAACGACUUGCUAAGGAACUUGCAACACCAGUUUCAGGUUUUGCCUCAUUACUGCUUAAAAGUAAACAACAUGGAUUGGAAACUGUGAAUUAGAGGAAAAGUCACGACACCAGUUUGGCAGCAUUUCAGGUAUUUAAAAUAAAAAAGCAAAUAAAUAAUUAUUGAAAUACUGAUAUUAAAUGCUCAUGUUUUUCAGCCUUAUUGUCCAUCCCUAUGUUGCACUGACUGGAUUAAGGGCCAGCUGUUUAAAAAAGGUAAAUAAAUGAAAAGUCAGCUUAUAUAAACUAAAAUAUGCAUAAUGUGGCAGUGAGAGGAGUUUUAAUUAGAAGCGUUUUCAGUUUUAUGCUAGUAGUGGUGCUACAGAUCAUCUGAUUUUUGACAAGUUUUACAUGUGAAGUGUUUUUUUAAGUUCCUCUGAAGAGAUUUAAAAGUCCUGCUUCUGUUUGGUUUUUUUUAAGCAUCUAUAUAAAACCAGGUUUGUCAGAUUGUUCUGUUAGUUCAGCUAACAUUAAUGUUCUGUUUGGUACCGAUUCUGUUUCCCUAAGCAAAGCAUUUUAUACCAAACGAUUUAGAAUCAGUUCAUUUCUCUUGGUUCUUUUACAAACAUGGAGAUAAGUGAUAAAAGCCAUCAUAUAUUGAAUUGUCAUUAUUAUACAGAAUCUUCAUAGUUUUAGAUUACAUCACAUUUACACUGGUUAUUGUUUGAACCAUUGAAUUUGAUUAAAUCUCAGAUUAUGUCCUCUAAUCUAACCAAAUAUAAUUAAGCAACUUCCUUGUUGGUCAGUUAUGUGAAGCAUAUUAACAUAUUCAGCAAACUACAUAAAAAAUUAAUGUGUAAUAUCUGAGUACAAAUUAUGACAUGUUCAGCAGAAACAUCCUUCUCUGUUUUCUUUUUAUGUGGACAUUUCAAUAAAACAAUCCUCAAAACAAGCCAGAAAUAAAAAAAGGAUGCGUUUUAUUAUGAAGAUACUUUUAUUGGAACAUUAAUAAAAGUAAAAUAAAAACGUUUCAGCUGUGAGUUUGAUUGUCCUCACUGCUGCUUUGAUCUGUUUAACUUCAUGAUGCCAUUAGCAUUAAGACAGAGUGAAAAAUCACAACAUCAAUAACAAAACAUGUGAAAUGAAAAGCAGAAAAUAAAAAUCCGACAUUUCCUGGUCCCUGAAAUUCUUUCAAAUAUAUAUUAAGAAAUGAGAGUUUCUGCUAUGCUUGGACAAAAACACUAAUGAUGAUUAACAGUGAAGUUAUUCAUAUUUAAUCCCUUUAAGCAUUAGUCCAUGUUAAAAAUUAGAUCAAAUCCACAUCAGUUCAACAAGCAAAACAUUCUGUAAUCAAACCCAAAGCCUUCAUAAAAUUUGGGUUUAUUGAGAUGAAUUAACUCACAGCUGAUUUCUAACACAAUCCAACAUGUGCAGGAUUUUCUAAUUGCACUUCGGUCAUUUUUAGCAACACUAAAAAACUUCAUAUCAUAACAGCCUCUGGAAAUGUUAAACUGUGUUACCCUGAGGUCUUCUGGAUGUGUUACUGCUUAACCAGACAAAGUGUGUUAUUAGCUCCAGGUCCUUCCAUUUCGAUUUAAUUCAAGAUCGUUUUAUAGGCAAGAAAACCUCGAAGAGUGAAUUGAACCAACAGACAGAGUCACGACCGAGUCUCAGAUCUCUUUGGAUAAAAAUAAGGCUAAUGGUGGCAUAUUUAUAAUUUGUUAUUUUGUCAGAAGAACUUCACACAACCAAUAAAAAUAUACAAGUGAUCUGUACUUUUAUCAGGUGUUUGAUAUGUAACAGAGAAACGAACCCAUGUUCUAAACAGAUAUUGUUUUAACUUAACUGCAGAAAAAUGAAACAAUAAUAAAAUCCCAUACAGAUGCGAUCCUUCCACAGACUUUUUAUAAACAGAUUUGGUGGCUCAUUUCUAAUAAGUAUUUCCAGCAACUUCAAUAAAUCCUAUUUAACUGUGAAAACAACUCCACUGUCUCGUUAUUCACGUCAACAAGGGCUGAGCCAGACCAAGGAAUAAGCAAACUAUGCAGUUGUCUGCGGCUCCACACCAACAGGGGGCUCCACAGAGCAGCUACGGUGCAAAGAGUUUCUUCUAAUUGUUUCCAUUAAUAAGAGUAUUUGUUAUUAGGCUUAAACUAAAAA